AUGGCGGGGUCAGCACAGCCGCAUCAUCCAGAGGACGAUCAAGCCCCUUCGGCAACGAAGCUGGUCCUGAAGCGGGCGCCGCCUCCUACGAGCCACACCGAGUCGUCCGCUCCCGCAAAGUCAGAGGUUCGGUUCGUUUUGCCAGGUACCCGGCCAGAGCCAGAAACCGUGCGCAUCAACACCAGUGACACGUCACAACCGUUCCUCGACCCAACGGUUCUGCAGCAGUGGCGAUGA